AUGCAACUCAAAGGUUCCGAUAACGAAAAAGAGAUUGGCCAAGAUGGAAAGGACUUUGCCGACGAGGUACAAGUCGAGUAUGCGGUCGCGCAUGAUGCAGCUGCUCGGGGACAUCUAGCCACUGAUGAGCAUGGAAACCCAAUCGCCAGCUUCGAUGCAUCAGCCGAGAAGAAGCUACGUCGCAAGAUCGAUUGGCACAUCAUGCCGACAGUCACCAUCCUGUACCUCAUGUGCUUCGUCGAUAGAGCCAAUAUUGGCAAUGCGCGACUAGCUGGCCUUGAAGCCGACCUUGGCCUUGCCGGCUACGACUACAACCUGUUACUAACAGUCUUUUACAUUGCAAGCACAGCCUUUGUCAACACCAUGGGUGAAGCAUGCGCUGUCCGAUUCAUACUUGGCAUCUUUGAAGCUGGCAUGUUGCCUGGUAUUGCAUACUAUUUAUCCCGAUGGUACCGCCGCAGUGAACUCGCUUUUAGACUCGCCAUCUAUGUCGCCAUGGGUUCCUUUGGAGGAGCUUUCGGUGGCUUGUUGGCUUCUGGAAUCCUCAAGCUCGAUCAUUUUGGUUCUCUGACAAGAUGGCGAAUGAUCUUUGCUAUCGAAGGAAUCGGCACGAUCGGAUUGGCACUUGUCGGAUUCAUCACCAUGACUGAUCGUCCCAGCACCGCUCGGUGGCUUAAUCAAGAAGAGAAAGACUUGGCUAUUGCACGCAUCAAGUCUGAGCGUGUGGGUGUCACAGAGGUUCUUGAGAAGUUCUCAUGGAAGCUGGCUCGCCGAGGUAUCUGCUCACCGGUCACGUUGGGAACUUCGACUAUUUUCUUGUUCACAAACAUUACAGUGCAGGGUCUUGCUUUCUUUGCACCCACCAUUGUGAGGACUAUUUACCCUGAGGCAUCUGUUGUCCAACAGCAACUACGGACGGUUCCCCCUUAUAUCGUUGGCACUUUCUGUACCCUUGGUCUCAGCUUCCUGUCGACCAUUCUCGAUCGUCGCAAUAUCUUCAUCAAUGUCUCUCAACUUCCAGUUAUAGCAGGUUACAUCAUGUUCCUCAGCAGCACAGAUCCAUACGUACGCUACGCCGGGACAUUCCUGAUAUGCGCAGGCACAUUUGCGAACGGUGCUCUCUCCAAUGCUCAAGUGUCAGCCAACUUGGUAACUGACACUGCCCGUGCUUCCGGCAUUGGCUUGAACGUCAUGUUUGGUAAUGUGGGAGGAUUAAUCUCCACAUGGUGCUUCCUACCUUUCGACGAACCCAACUAUCCGAUCGGAAAUGGCCUCAAUCUUGCAGCGUGUUCGUCCAUCUUUAUCCUUACUAUUGUUUUACAUGUGUACAUGACAUGGAACAACAACAGGAGAUCAAUGAUUGAUGUCAGUCAGGCGUUGGCUGGAAGAAGUGUCGAGGAGAUUCGUGAUUUAGAUUGGAAGCAUCCUGGUUUCAUGUGGAGGCAGUAG